GUAUAUUGUAAAUGACCAAUGAAGUUUACAAAAAAGCGAGCGAGCACGUGUUGUUUUGUCAAUCACCACAAAUAUGGAGAUACUUGUUUAAAAAGAAAAAAACAUUGUCUCGAAAUAUAGACAUAUAUUUAUUUUGACAAAUUUCUGUUGAAAUUACAGCCGUCUUAUCAACUUAUUGUCUUAAACAUGGCAAUCGAUUUAGGAUUCGUACAGACAUGCGAAUCAUGGCGACUGACAAGUAGGUUCUUUCCUAGUAAAGUGGGUGGUAAGCCGGCCUGGCUCGAUCUGAAAAAUAUUCCCGGUAAAAGUGAUCUAGAAUGCGAGUAUUGCAACGAUGUUUGCAUAUUUCUGUGCCAGAUCUACGCACCAUACGAAGAAAACACCGAUGCGUUUCACAGGACUAUAUAUAUUUUUAUAUGCAAAAACGUAGAUUGCUGCAGACUGAAUCAGAAUGGAAAUUUGAAAGUUUUUCGAUCACAGUUGAAUAAAGUCAAUAUUUUUUAUCCGUCUGAACCGCCCGUCGAACAGAAGGACUGGAGGACAGACAUUGAUGUGUCACAUUGGGCAAAAAUAUGUUGUAUAUGUGGGAUUGCAGCACCGAGUCAUUGUGGUAAAUGUAAAGUUGUCAAUUAUUGCUGUCGUGUACAUCAAGUAUAUGAUUGGAAGAAUGGACAUAAAUAUACAUGUAGCACAAAGACAAAUAAUGAUAAUAAUGCAAAUAAUGAUUUCUUGUUUCCCGAAUACGAGAUUGUAAUAGAGGAUGAUGAUUUUAUGAAAGAUAACAUCGAGCAAGAUGAUCUUGAAAGCGAACAGAAAGAAAUUGAAAAGUAUAAUGCUAUGAUCCACAGUGGCAAAGCUGGAAGUUUUCAACAUGAAGAUGUUAAUGAUGAUUUACUACAGAUAGCUAAUAAUGAAAAAGAUGAAAUAUUUGCAGAGUUUCGUAUGAAAACAGAUAAUUAUCCAGAUCAGAUUUUAAGAUAUGAUAGAGGAGGAAAAAUUCUAUACAUAUCACAACAUAACCAGAUAAUAGAUAUACCAAAAUGUACAGAAUGCAAUGGCAAUAGACAGUUUGAAUUUCAAAUAAUGCCCCAGCUACUAAAUUUCUUAGGCUUGAAAGAUAUUGUCAAGAGUCUUGAUUGGGGAAUAUUGGCAGUUUUCACAUGCAAACAAUCUUGCAUACCUAAUGGUAAGUACAUAAAAGAAUAUAUAUGGAAGCAAGAUAUUGUACAAAAAGAAAUUGACUCGAAAACAAACUAGGAUACAAGGUGAAUAUAUUCAUCUUGCUUAUUUGAUAUACAUUUA